GUUCGGUGGUUAGCGGCCAGGCUGCGCGGUACUGUUAACUUUAUAUAAUUUGACGCUUUCUGACGAGAAAUUCAUGUCAAAUUGAGUGAAGCGUGCUUUAUGGUUCUAUUUUGGAUGUUUAUGGUCUAUGGUACACAACACGAAGAAAAUGAAAAUCCACAUAUUUCGGACAUUCCUUUGUGUCUAACUGUGUAGUUAUGUGUUUGGACAUAUUGUGAAAAUGUGCCUCAAAAUUACGUCCAUUUUAGUGUUUACAACGGUUUUUGGAGCAGCAAUAUGUUGUAACUUCUAUCCGGUGGGGGAGUACCUGCGGUUUGUGAGAAUACCGGAGAACCUUCGAGUCGGGGAUGAGGUGCUACAAGUGGAAGUUCAUCCCAGAAAAGACCUGGUCCUCCAAGCAGUAGACCGCGAAGAAGAUGCAGCAUUGUUCACAUACCGGGAUGUGAACCGGACUCAUGUGGCGGUUGUGCUGGCGCAGAGUGUUGAACAUCUGGUGGAUUCUGAUUCUCCUCACAAUGUGGUCAAGUUCCGACUUGGCUGUGACUUCGAUACUGGAGAUGAUUUGAUUUCUGCCUAUCUAUCAGUGACGGUCUAUAUUGAAGAUGUGAAUGACAACGUGCCCAUCUUUCUUGACACACCCUACACUGUUACUGUAGAUGAGCUCACGCCACCAGGAUUAACCAUAUUCCGCGGCAUCCGCGCGUUUGACCGUGACAAGCCGAACACUCCAAACUCAGAUGUCCAGUACAGCAUCACAGCUGGUGAUGAGGGCCACCGCUUCACUCUGGAGAGCUCUCACAAGCCUGGUCUCGUGUUAAGGAAGCCACUGGACUUUGAUACAGGAGAUCGAGAGUUCUGGUUAACAGUCACGGCUUCUGACAGGGGCUCUCCUCCCCGUACUACAAAUACCACGGUACAUAUUUUAGUUCAAGACAAUGAUGACCUUCCGCCCAAAUUCACGCUCGACGUCUACAAGACUAAAAUACCCGAGUUUUAUCCCAUCUUGGGCAAAAGGAUUCACCAGGAGCUAUCAUUUAAUCAGGCGAUUCGUGCAUUUGACCAAGACACAGGUGUGGCAGCACCCGUUCGAUACGAGCUGGUCUCUGGGAACGAAAGACGGCUUUUCACUCUAAGCCCUCUAAAUGGAAGCCUGUUUUUGGAUAGAGAGAUUGAUCUGGACGCUGAAACUGCUCCUCCUGGAAACACCUUCAUGCUUCAAAUACAGGCAGCUCAAGUUGACAACCCCUUAAAGACUGCGCAGACGAGAGUCGAAAUCGAGAUUUUGGACCUAAAUGAUAACUUACCCGAGUUUGAAGUGGACUUUUACAAUAUAAGCAUUGUGGAGAAUUUGCCUAAUGGUUUCAGUGUGCUACAAGUGAUGGCCACCGACAAAGACCAAGGUGACAACGGAGAGUUUACGUAUCAGCUGAAUGACCCUAACGAGGCCUUCUCUAUUGAUCCCAGGACUGGGUGGCUGACCGUCAAAAACCAAACCGUACUGGACCGUGAACAACACACAUCGCUACGAAUGAAAGUUUACGCCAAAGAAAAGAACCCAAGUAUUGUCGGAACUUUCCUAGAUAAACAGAGACUGGCUAAGUGGAAACGCAAUCCUUCACCUAAAUUAGCCGCAAAGGAAAAAACAACAUACGUUUUCCCAGACAAAGUUGGAAACAGCAACGAAAAUAUCGAGUACUUCGACGAUUUGAAUCAACUCCUAUCUCUUGUUACCGUGGAAGUCACUCUCCUAGAUGCCAACGAUAACAACCCAAUCUUUGUACCAAGUAACCUCUACGAAUUCUCAAUCAAGUCAAAUGCCAAAAUCGGAACAGAAAUUGGUAUAGUUCAAGCGGUAGAUCCAGAUUUGGGCAGGAAUGGCAUCGUUUUAUACGAUCUGCAAAGAACUAGUAAUUUGACAAUUACAUCGCCAUUUCAAGUGCACGCUAAAACUGGAGUGAUUACGUUAGCUGAGUCCCCUGUGCUGGAAGGAAGACAUGCUUUAUUCAUCGAAGCGUCCGAUCAACCCGCUAACCCUAGUGAAAGGCGAUAUUCUUUGGCGGUUGUCGCUAUUGAUGUUGUUAAUGUUCAUAAAGGAUCCAAAACUGAUAAGCCAGAUUUCUUAGGAUCUCCAUACGAGUUCUGGGUGGGGUCAAAUGUAGGUAUCGGAACGAGCAUUGGUCAAAUACGAGUCAACGAUGCCAUGCAAAAGGGUGAACUAUCGUAUGAUUUACUUCAUGGAUAUAUAGAAGGAGUACCAUUUGCUGUUGAGGAACGUUCUGGAGUAAUAACAGUGGUAGACGAACUAUCUAAAUUCGAUAGACAGGUGUAUGAUUUUGAAGCCGUUGCAAUACAGGAAAAAUACAACUUCUCAAUAACGACCAAUACAACCGUCCACGUUGUGGAUGUAAAUGAUGAGAGAGGUGUCUUUUUAAAAGGAACGCAUUCUCCGCUGGAGUUUAGAGUCAAAGAAAAUAUUGCCGGUGCAACUAUUGGACAGAUAUUUCCCAACAACAUAAAUGGAGUGUCAAAUAACACUGGAAAAUUUCAAUUUAUUAUUGCAAAUCAACAAGAUGUUACUGACGAUAUAGCUAUCGGGGCUGACGGAACUAUAUAUGCUCAAAAACCUUUAGACAGAGAGAAAAAAGAUACUUAUAGAAUGACGGUAAUAGCCGAGUCUUCCAGAGGUGUAAUGGCCGGAACUAGUUUAUAUCAAAUAACGAUUAAUGUAGAUGACGAAAAUGAUAAUCCGCCUAUAUUUGAAUUGCCGGUUUACGAAGGCACAAUAACUGAGAAUUCUCCAAAGGGAACUGAAGUAAAAUUGGGUGCUAAAAUAAAAGCAAGGGACGCUGAUACGGGUUCUAACGCUAUAUUUACAUAUACUCUCUUUGGAGAGGGACACGAUUCAUUCAGUGUUAAUGAAGAAACUGGCACGGUCACCUUUGUUGGAAAUAAACUAGAUCGCGAAGAAAAAAGUGCUUACCUUCUAAAAAUAGUCGCAAGAGAUAAGGGAAGCUUAAGUUCAGAAGCCAAAUUAACUGUACUCGUUUCGGAUGUUAACGAUAAUAUACCAAGGUUUGAUCAGAUUGUUAUACCCCUUGGAGAAAAUAUAGAAUUAAUAGAGAACUCGGAACGGAGCCCUGUUAAAGUUUACAAAGAAAUAAGAAAUAAUACGGGUAUCAUAACUAAUGUGGAAGUAAAGCCUAAAAACAAAUACGCGGUAACAGUCGAUUCGCCUCUCUUCCACAUUCCUGAAAAUAUUGCAGUCGGUUCAACUGUUUUAAGAUUAAACGCUAUGGAUAUGGAUAGUGGAACAAACGGACAGAUACGUUAUGAAUUUAUGUCUGAAGUUUUCAUACCGCCCUUUUCACUCCCAGCCAGUGCCUUACAAAUAAAAAGGUACUUUGUUGUGAAUGAAAGAUAUGGAAAUAUCGUUGCCGCUCGAGCUUUGCCUCCAGAAUCAGAGUUUCGAUUAAAUAUAACUGCCUUGGAUGGUGGUCAGCUCAGUGAUCAUACAGUUAUCCGACUAUUUGUUCAAGACGUGAACGAUCACUAUCCGAUGUUCAAAAAAGCGUGGUACACAUUCAAUGUCGAAGAAGCUCAGUACACUCGACGCAUUUUGGGUAAAGUCGAUGCCACCGAUGCUGAUUUUGGCCAAAAUGCUAAUAUCACGUACCACAUUGAGCCAACGAGUAACGAUUUGCCAUUCGAAAUAUCACCACUGAGUGGAGUUUUUAGUGUAAAUGGAGAGCUCGAUAGGGAAAAAGUGGAUAAAUAUGUUUUAACAGUAGUAGCUACGGACAACGGCCAAGACAAAAAGCUAUCAUCAUCGGUGAGCGUCGAAGUGCAAGUACUAGAUGUGAAUGAUAAUGCACCUCAAUUCAAUGCUUAUAAUGAACUUUUAGAACUUAAACAUAUAGAAGCAGAAAAAAUUAAUCAUAAUUAUGAAUCUGUCAAAGUGGUACCAGUAUAUAAAGCAACAUUAGAGGAAAAUGCCCCAGUAGGGACCGUCGUAACCAAAGUGUAUGCAAAUGAUUCAGAUUUUGUUGGUAAUGGAAACGGGUUAAUAUUGUUCAGUAUCCCACAAAGAAAAAACCAACUUAAUAUGUUUGCUAUUGACUCCAAAGAUGGAACGAUAACAACUACAGCAAGAUUAGAUUAUGAAAGUCAAUCAGUGCAUAAUAUCACCGUUAUUGCUUCUGACCUUGGAUCACCUAGUCUAAGUUCUACAGCACUCAUCGUAUUAACAGUGAAAGAUAUUUCAGACGAAGUCGAAGUAUCAGAUAAACCCGUGUUUAUAUCGAGAUAUUAUGAAUUGGAAAUAGAAGAAAAUGUCCAAACACCGGUGGAAUUAGUCACGUUGAACUUAACAGAGUAUUAUGAAAACUUCAAAAUGAAAUAUUAUAUUUAUAACGAAAAUGACACCGAUGUAAAAAGAACAUUCGUGAUAGAUCCUCGUAAUGGGACGUUGUAUUUGAUUCGGAGUCCCGACAGAGAAGCGCGAGAUUUGUAUGAAAUAAUGAUAAGAGCUGAGAGACAGAAGAUAAGCCGCGAGUUACCGCACAUGAUAUACCCCGUUGGCGAUGAGGUUCUGGAGGGGAUGACAAAGUUUGAUGUGAAAGUCGUUGUAAGGAUAAAGGAUGUGAAUGACAACGCGCCGAAGUUUAUCUAUGGCGGUCGUCCGAUGGUUACAGCGAUUCCUACUACAGCGCCAUUUGGAUAUGAAGUUAUUCAGUUAAGGGCUGUAGACGCCGAUGCAGGCAUAAACUCAGAUAUACGCUACCAAGUGAUAAACACAGAGGGUGGUCGGUUCAGCGUGGACCCUGUCACUGGUCGAGUCAAAGUUGCAGGCUCAUUCGCAAGAGAUGCGGGAAGAGUCAUUGGCUUCGACGUUAAAGCUACGGAUAGAAAAGGUGCUGACGACGGACGGUCAGCUAUUGCUAAUGUGUUUGUAUACGUUUUGGAUGAAAAUAAGCAGCUAGUUAUUGUCGUCGGAGCUAAACCCAUGGAAGUCGAGAAGGAGUUAUACAACAUCACACGAUAUCUCUCGAAUAUGACCGGGUUCGACAUCCGCGUACGAAGAUUGGAGACCAGCUCUAAGGCAACCAUGGACGGAUAUGCGACUGACAUAUACGUCUAUGCCAUCGACCCUGUAUCAAACGCGAUUAUUGACAUGGAGCUACUACAAAAGUCAAUAAUGAAGCGGGAAGUAGCGUUACGUCACAACUUAGCCGGUUUCAAAGUACUGGAAGUCGGUGAUAGCACAGUAGUUCAAGCCAGGAGUGCGCAAAUGUUCAGCACUAUGGAGAUCAGUGUAGUUGCCCUUGGCUGCCUUGUCUUCAUUGGAGCCUUCACCACUGCCAUUUGCAUACUCUGUGUCAGGAAGAACAAAAGAGGUCGCCACCCGCCAUACUCUCAACAUCGUCUUAACGCUUUCUCUGAUCAUUUAACCAAAUACGGAGGUCUCUUUCCAUCCGGAUCGAACCAGUGCCAAGAGCUGAAUCAGUCGUACAGCGAGCCGGAGUCCUAUAUCGACGUUAUCCAUCAGCCGACAAAGAAAAUCUGUCCCCAUGGGAACACGAUCGAGGAGUUCGGGAAGGCCCAUCAGAAAUGUGUGAAGGGGCAAUUUGAUAUCAAUGGCACGGAAUUUAAUCAUAAACACGAGAGGAUGUGUAUUAAAUUUAAUCAAAGACCUGCGAAGAGGAAGGGCCAGGACCCGUCGCUAACGUCAGUGAAUUCCAGUGGACAGGACUCUGGCAUCGCGGAGGGAAGAUGUCCUUGCGGUCUCGUCUCGAUGCACACCUCAGAAGAAAGUAGCGGAUGCAGCUACGAAGACUCGCUAAAAUCAAACCAUAAGCAAGAUCGUAAAGGAUACCGCGACGACUCUCGAUUCGUACGACGAGCGUCCAUCGGGCACCAGCCACUAGACAUGAGAAGAUACAACCAACGCAGGCAAUCAUUCUCAGAGAACAUCCAAAGACACUUCCCAUCUGUCGAACGAGUUGUGUCCAACCCCAGAAUAACAAGACAAACCUCAACACCAAACGUGAACACGCCAUCGUACUUCCUCAAUGGGAAAAAGAAUUACAGAAGAAAAGAAGUGAUGAAUGAACCAAUGAUAGACUAUGAUCAUAGUGAAAAUGAGGACCAUUUUGACACAAGGAUGAAUAGAAAACUGAGUGGCGGUCGAAAAGUGGGUAGUUUUAUGGACUUAAAUGGGCAAGCGAUGUUUGUUACGCCUGUUGAUAUGAGGAGACAGGGGAGUGAGAGGGUACUGGUUGCCAGACCUGUAUGAGAUUUAUUAGUCAAUGGGUGCUAGAUCUAGCCUGGUUUUCCUAAGAUUAGACGUUAUUUUAAGAGCUUUACCUGACAGAAUUUUGUCAAAAACUCUCCAAAAUUUUUUGUAAUAGGUACGAUUCUUAGAAUUUUCUAUAGGAAGUGUAGUAAAUAGCUAUUUGCUUUUAUUCAUAAACCAUGUAUGUUUAAUACUUGAAAGUAUUAUAAAUGUAUAAAAUUAGAUAAUUUAUCACUGAUGACGGAGGUAUACUUCGGGAUAGAUGGCUAACCUGGUUUCUAUAUAUAAUAUACUAGUCGUAAUUGCUCCGAGCCGUAGAUUUUCUCUACAUUUUUUAGAACAUCUUACUGCUCGUAUAUAUUACGAUUCGUAUUGGAUAUAGCACACGGUUGCGAGUCAUGGCAUAAGCUUUAAAUUGAAUAUGAGAGUAUAUUUUACUAGAAGCGUGUAGAUUGCUUUUUAGUGUAAGUUAAUAGUAAGUGCCAUUAUGGAGAUUUUGUUAAUAUACCACCUUCUAGAAUAGACUGUAAAUACUUGUAAUUAAAAUUUGUAUGUUGAUUUAUUAAA